CCAGAGAGCUAGAAUAGUAACCAAAGGGAGUUAAGUCAGGAGAGGCCCUGGUAACUGCCCAAUCUACCCACCAUUUGCAGCUUAGGGAAUAGUGCCCAAGAAGUGAGUGGACGUUAAUUGUGAUUAUUUAAAAAAUAAAAAAGAAUGUUUCUUUUACACUGCAAAUAAAAAUACCCAAGCAAGACAACAGGAAAGCAUUUGCCCAAGGCUCUGCUAGCACAUGGAGACAGAAUCUGCCUAGAUCCGCCAGACCUGUUGACUUCUGUCUGCUUAUUCUAAUGAGACUCCAGGCAAGGCUAGAACUGCAUCUCCAGAAAGAUCUUUUACAAUCCCACCGUAGUCUUUACCACUUUCAAACAUUAAAUUGUCAACACUUCGAAAGUCACAGGAUCAUCUCAGACACAUUAUCUUUUGAAUAAAACAUAGACAAAGUCUGUGGGGGAAAAUGUUAAUGAUAAAAUAUCAGUAGUAAGCCAAUCUCUCAAAACACACUUGCUGCAAUGGAGUUAAAAACCGCCUGCCCAGGACUGAUGUAAAAGCAGACCCUGUGUUUGGUUUCUGCAAGCCACAUCCCACGUAGCAGGCAGGGAAGCAGUGCCGAUGGGGUGGGUAAAAGCAGUUUGAACGCCGUCCCCCGCACAGGCUCCUGUCUACAGCCUUUGUUCCCAGCGUCUCUUCAACAACUAUGACUCAGUCUGAUGUGCGGCUUCCACUUCCUCUGGGCAGGGAGCUGACGCUGUGGUGCCUAUCCUGGGUGACUCAGGGGCCCAUGGGCAGGGCUGCCUCUUCUUUGCCCAGUCAGCCCAGCUCCCUUCUGCCAUGGGAUCUCUGCUCUUCCUGGCUUCUCCAGCUUUCUGUAUGCUCCCUGAAGAACUAGGGUGGUGUCUCUCCCCAUUGUGCAUAGAUAUUGGACUGCAAUGUGCCGGUCCUAGCUGCUGUCUGAAAGGAUGUCCGGGGUGUCUGAGCCCCUGAGCCGAGUAAAAGUGGGCACUUUACGCCGGCCCGAGGGCCCCCCGGAGCCCAUGGUGGUGGUCCCAGUAGAUGUGGAGAAGGAAGACGUGCGUAUCCUCAAGGUCUGCUUCUAUAGCAACAGCUUCAACCCAGGGAAGAACUUCAAGCUGGUCAAAUGCACAGUGCAAACGGAGAUCCAGGAGAUCAUCACCUCCAUCCUGCUGAGUGGGCGAAUAGGGCCCAACAUCCAGCUGGCUGAGUGCUAUGGGCUGAGGCUAAAGCACAUGAAGUCAGAUGAGAUCCACUGGCUGCACCCACAGAUGACGGUGGGCGAGGUGCAGGACAAGUAUGAAUGUCUACACGUGGAAGCUGAGUGGAGGUAUGACCUUCAAAUCCGCUACUUGCCAGAAGACUUCAUGGAGAGCCUGAAGGAAGACAGGACCACACUGCUGUACUUUUACCAACAGCUCCGGAAUGACUACAUGCAACGCUAUGCCAGCAAGGUCAGUGAAGGCAUGGCUCUGCAGCUGGGCUGUCUGGAGCUCAGGAGAUUCUUCAAGGACAUGCCUCACAAUGCAUUGGACAAAAAGUCCAACUUUGAACUCCUGGAAAAAGAAGUGGGUUUGGACCUGUUUUUCCCAAAGCAGAUGCAGGAAAACUUAAAGCCUAAGCAGUUCCGGAAGAUGAUCCAGCAGACCUUCCAGCAGUAUGCGUCGCUCCGAGAGGAAGAGUGUGUCAUGAAGUUCUUCAAUACCCUGGCAGGCUUUGCCAACAUCGACCAAGAGACCUAUCGCUGCGAACUCAUUCAAGGAUGGAACAUUACUGUGGACCUGGUCAUUGGCCCUAAAGGCAUCCGUCAGCUGACAAGUCAAGAUACAAAGCCUACCUGCCUGGCUGAGUUCAAGCAAAUCAAGUCCAUUCGGUGCCUCCCAUUGGAAGAGGGCCAGGCAGUCUUGCAGCUGGGCAUCGAGGGCGCCCCCCAGUCCUUGUCCAUCAAAACCUCGUCCCUGGCAGAGGCUGAGAACAUGGCUGACCUCAUAGACGGCUACUGCCGGCUGCAGGGAGAACAUCAAGGCUCUCUCAUCAUGAAUGCCAGGAAAGAUGGUGAGAAAAGAAACAGCCUGCCUCAGAUCCCCACACUAAACCUGGAGGCUCGACGGUCCCACCUCUCAGAAAGCUGUAGCAUAGAAUCAGACAUCUAUGCAGAGAUUCCCGAUGAGACCCUGCGAAGGCCAGGAGGUCCACAGUAUGGUGUUGCCCGUGAAGAUGUAGUUCUUAAUCGUAUUCUUGGUGAAGGCUUCUUCGGGGAGGUCUACGAAGGGGUCUACACGAAUCACAAAGGAGAAACGAUUAAUGUGGCCGUCAAGACCUGCAAGAAAGACUGUACCCUGGACAACAAGGAGAAGUUCAUGAGCGAGGCAGUGAUCAUGAAGAAUCUUGACCACCCCCACAUCGUGAAGCUGAUUGGCAUCAUUGAAGAGGAGCCCACAUGGAUCAUCAUGGAACUGUAUCCUUAUGGGGAGCUGGGCCACUACCUGGAGCGAAAUAAAAACUCCCUGAAGGUACCCACUCUGGUCCUGUACUCUCUACAGAUAUGCAAAGCCAUGGCCUAUCUGGAGAGCAUCAACUGUGUGCACAGGGAUAUUGCUGUCCGGAACAUCCUGGUGGCCUCUCCUGAGUGUGUGAAGCUGGGCGACUUUGGGCUCUCCCGGUACAUUGAGGACGAGGACUAUUACAAAGCCUCUGUGACGCGCCUCCCAAUCAAAUGGAUGUCCCCUGAGUCCAUCAACUUCCGUCGCUUCACAACCGCCAGUGAUGUCUGGAUGUUCGCUGUGUGCAUGUGGGAGAUCCUCAGCUUUGGGAAGCAGCCUUUCUUCUGGCUUGAAAACAAGGAUGUCAUCGGGGUGCUGGAGAAAGGGGACAGGCUGCCCAAGCCCGACCUCUGUCCACCUGUCCUUUACACGCUCAUGACUCGCUGCUGGGACUAUGACCCCAGUGACCGGCCCCGCUUCACGGAGAUUGUGUGCAGCCUCAGUGAUAUUUAUCAGAUGGAAAAGGACAUCGCCAUAGAGCAGGAAAGGAAUGCUCGAUACAGACCCCCGAAAAUAUUGGAGCCCACUGCCUUUCAAGAACCCCCACCCAAGCCCAGCCGGCCCAAGUACAGACCCCCUCCACAGACCAACCUGCUGGCUCCUAAACUGCAGUUCCAGGUCCCUGAGGGUCUGUGUGCCAGCUCUCCUACACUUACCAGCCCCAUGGAGUAUCCAUCUCCUGUUAACUCGCUGCACACCCCACCUCUCCACCGGCACAAUGUCUUCAAGCGCCACAGCAUGCGGGAGGAGGACUUUAUCCGGCCCAGUAGCCGAGAAGAGGCCCAGCAGCUCUGGGAAGCAGAGAAGAUCAAGAUGCGGCAGGUCCUAGACAGACAGCAGAAGCAGAUGGUGGAAGAUUCCCAGUGGCUGAGGCGGGAAGAGAGAUGCUUGGACCCUAUGGUUUAUAUGAAUGACAAGUCCCCACUGACCCCAGAGAAGGAGGCUGGCUACACGGAGUUCACAGGGCCCCCACAGAAGCCACCGCGGCUUGGUGCACAGUCCAUUCAGCCCACAGCCAACCUGGACAGGACUGAUGACCCCGUGUACCACAAUGUCAUGACACUGGUGGAAGCCGUGCUGGAACUCAAGAACAGACUCAGCCAGUUGCCCCCUGAGGACUAUGUGGUGGUGGUCAAGAACGUGGGACUGAACCUGCGGAAGCUCAUUGGUAGUGUGGAUGAUCUCUUGCCCUCCUUGCCGUCGUCUUCCAGAACGGAGAUUGAAGGGACCCAGAAACUGCUCAACAAGGACCUGGCAGAGCUCAUCAACAAGAUGAGGUUGGCUCAGCAGAAUGCUGUGACAUCCCUGAGUGAGGACUGCAAGCGGCAGAUGCUCACAGCCUCCCACACCCUGGCUGUGGAUGCCAAGAACCUGCUGGAUGCUGUGGACCAAGCCAAGGUUCUGGCCAAUCUGGCCCACCCACCUGCAGAGUGAUCGAGAGAGGGGGCUACCUGCCUGCAUCUUCUGCCCCAACCUGUCAUGGCGUACCUUUCCUGCCUUGCCUUUGGUUAUUGGUCUUCUUGGGAAGGCUGAGAAGAGUCCUCCCCUCACCACUUUGCACGACUUCCCCUUCCCCACCCGACCCCAGACUCGUGCUACGCAGGCUGCAUCUGGACACAGAAGCCCCUGGGCACAGACACAGGGUGGGGUGACAUAGUUCAUAGGGGUACUGCUGCCGGCCACUCCCUCCUACUCCAGCCUGGGUACUGGAGUGUCAUUGGGGUCACAGUUGUACCCCUACCAGCCAAGAUGGCUUUCUGCAUGGACAUUUGAAAGCCAGUAUUCCUCUUCCUCUUUAUCCCUCACGGGACCCCUGAUGCAGAGGGGACAAAGAGGGGCAUUAUUUGUAGAGAGGCUGGUGAGAUGAGGGCUGGGCCUGGCUCUCUUGUACAGUGUAUAUUGGAAUUUAUUUAAUGUGAGUUUGGCCUGGACGGAGAGCCAUGGGCCACAGUCCAGGAACAAACCAAUCUGGCCGCAAGGCUCUGUGUUUUUAUCAAACCCAGCGCCUCAGGGAAGAAGCAUAGAGUUGGAGGUCAGAACGGGACUUUGUGCCCUUCCUGCUUUUCUCCUCUCCCUCUUUUCUUCUCCCCUCUUUUCUUCUCUUUUUCUCUUCUCCCUUUUCACAGCUGCUCCUUUUCUUCCUCAUAUGUUUGUGGAGAACAUUCAUUUACCUCCCUCCUUUUUGAUCUGUGGUUGAAUUAAAAUCAUCACCAUUUGCUUUGUGGUUAA